UUACUUUGAUUCGCCAGGAGAUCGAUAGUGUCACUUCUAGUUUGAUUGGUGGAUAUCUCCAGUAUAAAUAAAUCAUCUGCAUAUUGGUCUGUGACUCCCUAAACUUCUGCGGAUAUCUCAAAAGUGGACAUCGAUAUAUAUUCAUGGACGUUUUAUUGAAUUAGGAACUAACGAUAUGGCGACCGAAGAAAAAAAGAAACCUGUGAAAGGAAUUUUGAAGUCAUCUUCCAGUUUUGACCAUGAGAAGCACAAGGAGCAGAAGGAUAAACAUGAUAAAGAAAUGAAGUGGGAUGAGAUGAAUAUAUUAGCAACUCAUCAUCCACCUGACAAGGACUAUGGUCACAUGAAAAUUGACGAGCCCCCUACGCCCUACAGCAAAUCCUCAGACGUGGAAGAUGAUGACGAAGAUGAAGAUGAAGAUAAAAGUGCCGGGGGGUCAGGGAUGGGGGAUAUCUUACCUGAGGACAUUGCCAACAGGCUUGCUGAGACACAGAGACCUCGAGCUACCUCUUUCAGUGAGGGCGAUGAAUCCUCAGAGGAUGAGAAUGAGACAGAGGAAGAUAGAGCAAAAAAACACCAGUUUGAACAGAAAAGAAAGUUGCACUAUAAUGAAUUUCAAGCUGUCAAACUUGCGAAGCAGUUGAUGGAAGAGGAAGAAGAGGAAGAUGAAGAAGAUGAAAAUAAUGAAGAAACCACCAAAAGUGAAGUCAUACAACCAAUGGAGGAAAAUAGUGCUAGUAAUAGUUUACAAGAAUCCAGUUAAUUCAAGGCUUAGGAACUUGAAAUCAAAUUGUAUGACAAAAUUAGUUACUGCAAAAAAUUGUCACAGAAUGUAUAGCCAAACUUGCUGAUUCUUUUUUUGUCUGUCAGAUUAAGGACAUUUUGUAUGUAAGGGAACUUAUUUUAACAUCUUAAUGGAGAAUGUUUUUAUCCCAUGACUCCGCAUCAGAUUGCAAGAAAAACAAACAUGGGAUACAUUUUUUGCAGGUACUUUAAAAAAAUAUUUGGACAUUUUCUUGUCAAAUUGAAGUAUCUUGUACCUUGUAUAAUUAUGGAAAAUCAAUAUCAUAUGUAGAUUACAAACCAAACUACAAAUAAUAUGCAUGUAAAAUGAUAUGCAUGUAUAGGGCUUUUUAUGAAAAAUAUAUGUUAUUGAGAAGACGUUUAAAGAAGUAUAAAUAAUUAUGAUUCAGUUAACCGGUAUUACAGAAUGCAUAAUACAUAUUACAUGUACUUUUACAUGGAUCGUAGAGUGAACAGGAUGAGUGGAGCCCAACAGUAUCUUAAGGUACUUCACUACACCUAGACUUAUACUUUUUAAGACAGUAUGUCACAAGAUGGUGAUUUGAAUGUUUUGUUAAACUGUAUCAAUCGAUUCAGGUGUAUAUUGUCAUAGCACAGUGGUUAAAGUAUCAGGCUUGAGAACCGCAGAUCAUGAGUUCGAAUCCGCCUGGGCUUUUGUUUAUGUGUACUGAAUGAAAUUUUUGAAAAUAUCAUUUUUUAUCCAAAAUUGCACAUUUUUUCUCCUAUUUGACAUAUAUACUUCUUAUCCAUUAUGCUUUCUAUCAUAAUCCAGUAAUUUUCUGCUGAUUGGAGAAAAUAUUUCAAGGUGUAGUGAGGCACCUUCACUGGGGGAUUUAAUGAAUGUGUGUUUGUUUGGGCACAUUAGAAUUGGGACAAAUGAAAGUCACAAUGACUUUAGUGGUGUAUUUAUUCAUUUGCAUUAAGUGCAAAUGAUUAUUGUCUUGAGUCCCAACCAUUUUUUUUUUGGCAAGGCAAAUAGUACCAGAUAUAGCAGCUACAAAACCAGAAACCAUGCAAUAUAGGAACUUAGUAAUUGUCAUUCAUUUUCCACUCAUUUUAACAUUAAGAAUCAUAUUUUACACUAGGAACAUUGUCUCUAUUAAAUAUGUGACAUAAAAAAGCAUAUCAUAGUUGAUAAUUCAUUAAUCCAUAAAGCAUUUUUCUUUAUGUCAGUUAACAUUUAAUUUGUCACUGGUAAUUAAAAUCUAAAGGAUAUAUUGUAACAUUAAUUUUGGAAUACACAUAAAAUUUCCUGAUGUACAAUAAAUCUUCAAAUUAAUAUAUGUCAUUACUCAUUAAGAUGAAAAAAUAUUGAUACAUUUCCAUUAGUUUGUGUGUGUGUGUAGUCAUAAAUGCUUUAAGAAUGUUUUUAAGAUGCUUUCUUCCAUUAAUAGUGUACAUAUAGUUAUGCUUUGAUAAAGAAAAUCUCAUUUAAGUCAUCAGCAUUUUUGAACUUCUGGACAUGAUCAAGAAUAUUUGAUGACAAAUCAUGUCAUACAUCUACAUGUGAUGACUGUGUACUUUAUUUUUAGUUCAAAAUGCAUCAUUCUCCAUAUUUCUUAUUUUGCAUUACAUAUAUUUAUAGUAGUCUAAUUAAUUGUGUAACACUUUAGCAGGUUUAUUUACACCAGAAUAAUUAGUACAGUCAAACUUUGUUAUCUUGAACUCGAUGGGACUGUUUGAUAACUUCGAGAUAUCGAGGGUAAAAUACAUAAAAAAGAAGUGGUUGGGAGUUACAAAUCACCUUUUUAUAUCCAUUUUAUUCGAGAUAUCGAUCAGUGUUCCAGAUAUCGAGGUUCAACUGUAUUUAAAUAUCAUAGGAGUAUUCAGGGAAUUAACUAGACGGCAAGGCUGUUUAUUGAAAAAAAAAUUUUAUUUACUAUUUAAUGGUGAAUGUACAUGUACAUAUACUACCUGUGACAUUUUUUCAUCAGAAAUUUAAUUUGAUUUUAAUAUAGUAUAUUUGAGUAUAAAGUAGACACUAGUAAUUUUUGUUUUUUCCCCAAAUGAGACAGUGCUGGAUUUGUUGAAAAAAUUAUUACCAUGCAUUGCUGUGUUAGAACCAUUUUAACAAGAGCUUGAACUUUGGGUAGUUGUGUCAAACGGCAAUGUGACGUAGGCCUGUCUAUUUCAUUGUAGGACACUCAGCCAUGGCUCUUUGAAAUCAACAAGAUUUGUCUGGCUUUUGAGCUAAGACUAUAUACGCAAUCGUUGUACAUUUCGCUUGAAACCAGCGUCAUUUUAACUAAUAUGUCCUGACACAAGAAUAGUCACGUCCUUCUGAAAGUCAAAUGCCUUGUUAAAAUGGUUUUAAUAUAUUUCAUUGUAACAUUUACUUUCUUUCAUUUUUCAAUGUGUAUAAAUUGUAUGGUAUGUAUGCGUGCUGCUUUAUUUUUUUUUCCGUUAUAUUGCUUUGAAGGCUAUGGUAUGUUUAAUGAUUACAUUUGCUUGCACCAAAAGCUUCUGUUAUACUAAUUUGUAGGUAAUCAAUGCAAUGUGUAGAUCAAUUCAGUUUGAAUUUCCUCUUAUAGGAAGUCUAAGCUAGUUAAAUGUGAUUAACUUUGUAAAAUUGAGAUAAAAUGGAGCCAUCUUUCAUUUACUCGUAAUAGGCACAGUAUAAACAUCACUGAUAUGCUGCAUUCAUUCAUCACUUAAAAAUUUUGUGCUUAAUUUAUUGUGUGAAGUUUAUUUAGCAAUAAAUUAAAUGUAAAUUUGUUUAUCUUUCUAAAAGUAAAUAAACAGUGACCUCAUGAUCUGUGUAAACAAGAAUAUGUAGCUGCAUGGUGAGGGCAUAUCAUUGCGAUAGUAUGUCUUUGAUGCUGUUCUUUCUAUCGAUCAUACGGUACUUAAGGGCAUACACAUUGUCCUGUCCAAGUGUUUGUUGACUGGUUGUUCUUUUCUGUAGGUGUAUGGAUAUGCAAACAUUUGUUUUUACCUGUAAUUCAGAACCAUUUGGGUUUUUUUUUGUGAUUUUUUAAGGAAUUCAAUAUUUCUAAGAAUGUGUUGCGCAUUGAUUACACUUUAUUAGUAAUAAUGGAGCGUGAUCUUUGCAUGUUUUGAAAAGUAUUGCAAUUUAUUGUUUAAAUUUUUUUUAUCCUAGCUGUUCGAAUUUUUUGUUUGAUAAUGUGGGCUGAUGGUGCAAGAAAUGUAUUACCAAAUUGUAAUAGUUUUGAUAAAUAUAAUGUGAAUUAUAUCAAAGUUAUUAAAAUAUAGUAGAAUUUGAAAAAAA